CUUCCUUAAUUCCUUUUCUACACCAUCUCUCUCUCUCUCUCUAAACAGAAAAACUCCAUUAACAGAUCUCUCUCUCUCUCACACAAAAUACACUCAACUGUAGUAAUACUACUGCUACUUCUACACUAGCAAUGAACACGCAUCUCCACAAAUCGCCGUUCCUAUCGCUCGCGGUCGCCGCGCUCGCCUUCUCCUGCAUGAUCACCACCGCGCCACCGCCGGAAGCGGCGACGGAGAGGUCGAGCGAUCACGACAUCCUCUCCUACUUCGAAUCGGCGCUCAAUUCUCUUAGGUAUCCGCCGCUGAAGCUGAAAAACCACUCCUCAGCGGUACAGGUGGCGAAGAAAUCGGCCGCCGACGAGAUCGCGAGGAUCGCGCGGGGAUCGGAUUUCGUGAAGUGGAUAAAAUUCGUGCGCCGCGCGAUACACGAGAAUCCGGAGCUGGCCUUCGAGGAGCACGAGACCAGCCGCCUCGUCCGCCGUGAAUUGGACGGUCUGGAUGUCGGCUACCGCUUUCCAUUGGCUAAAACGGGGAUCAGAGCGAUGAUCGGAACCGGCAAGGCGCCGUUCGUCGCCCUCAGAGCCGAUAUGGAUGCUCUGCCGAUCCAGGAAGCCGUUGAAUGGGAACACAAGAGCAAAAACGCGGGUAAAAUGCACGCCUGUGGCCAUGAUGCUCACGUGGCGAUGCUCAUGGGCGCAGCUAGGAUCCUUAAGGCUAGGGAGAAUCACUUGAAGGGGACAGUGAUUCUGCUCUUUCAGCCAGCAGAGGAAGCUGGGAAUGGAGCAAAAAGAAUGAUUGAAGAGGGAGCUCUUGAAGAUGUUGAAGCCAUCUUCGCGAUGCAUGUAUCUCAUCUUCUCCAAACGUCUGUCAUCGGGUCAAGAUCCGGUCCUUUACUAGCUGGUUGUGGUUUCUUUAAGGCUAUUAUAACUGGCCAGCAGAUCACUAGUGGGAAUUCCCAUCACUCCAGUGACCUUGUCUUAGCCGCCUCAGCUGCAGUGAUCAGUUUACAGGGCAUUGUAUCCCGCGAAUCUAAUCCUUUGGAUUCUCAGGUUGUCUCUGUUACUUUCGUGGACAGCAGAGACGAUCCUAAUGUUUCGCCAACGAGCAUAGCGUUUGGUGGCACCUUGAGGGCAUUCUCUACCGCAAGCUUCCAGCGGCUUGUAAAACGAAUAGAAGAGGUGAUAGUAGCCCAAGCUAAGGUCUACAAAUGCUCAGCAACUGUCGACUUCUUCAAGGACUCGGACUCGAUCUACCCUCCCAUGGUGAACAACGACCUGAUGUACGAGCACGUGAAGAGGGUCAGCACCGACCUAGGGGGCCCCGCGAACUUCCAAGUCGUGGAGCCUGUCAUGGGGGGCGAGGACUUCUCCUUCUACUCGGAGGUGGUCCCCGCAGCCUUCUUCUACAUAGGCAUAAAAAACAAGACACUUGGCUCCGUGCACUCGGCGCACUCCCCUCAUUUCAUGAUCGACGAAGACGCACUCACUGUAGGCGCGGCGACUCAUGCAGCGAUUGCUGAGAGAUACCUAAGCGAACGCGCGCUGUAAAUGGGGUUCGUCGAGAGCAAUGGUGAUGUGCAUAUCUAAAUUUUGGUUAAAUUAGGAAACAGGUAAAUGGGAAGCAUUAGAGAAUUAUCUCACUCUCCCCCAUCCUAGAAGGGUGGCUGUGUUCAUAGGAGCAGAAGGAGGAGAGUUAAGAGUAUUUAUUCAUUCUUCUCUCUCUCUUCAUGUAGAGCCACCAUUUCUCUAGCUGUGUUAUGCCUCAUUAUAAUCAUGUAUCUUCUUAUACAUUGAUUCUAAGUGAAAUGCUGUUGGCUUAUAUAA